CGUACUGAGUUCAUUUUCUGCAAAUGAAGGGUAUUAUUAUGGGUCAUCUCACCAACAAACUCGCCAAAGUGAAAGAGGCGGGUCUGCAAGAUUUUCGCCGGUCAAGAACAAAGCCAGUAUGUCACGGAAAAUCAUACCAGCUCUUCAACGCCAUCGGAGUCUGGAGAGAGGCACAAUGGAUAUUAGCGUGUUAUUUUUGAUGGGGAUGAAAUUAUUCAUGGAUGUCGGGAGCAAGGAAGGCCAAGACUCUGAUGCCAUAUUACCCUCUCCUCCAUUUCCCUCCCUUCCACAACGGCAGACAAUUCCCACCAUAGUUGAGAAUGACCUCAACGCGCCCUACAGCUGCCAAUGGAAAACACCGCUCUUGGACCGUGGUCCUAAUACUAAGCGAUGAGAUGAUGAUAUCUUUUCAAGAUCUGCUCGACACAAUGAUAAUGGUGUCGAACCGCCUUGAUAAGAUAUUUACCAUGAAGAACUGAAUAGAAAUCAUAGCUAUGACGACUGGCCCCUCAGGUGGUGUU